AAAAAAUGAGUGGAUAAUCUAAAAACGAAAUGAAGUAAUCAAAAUCAGAAAUUGAGAAUGAGAGAGUGAGGUAAUAUAUAAGGAUUUAGGUAAAUCUAUCUACACGAUUAUAUAAAAAAUAUGAAGUAUUUUGGAAAAGGAACUUUGAGAUGAGAUAAUACAAGCUUUGUGCACUUAAAAAAGAAAAAUUAAGUAAUAUCGUUAAAUCAUUAAUAUUUUAAAUAAACGAAUUUCAACAUGAUUUUAAGGUAUUUUGUAAAGGAUUUGAAUACUUCAAUGUCUAUCAAAAAUAUUUAGAACAUUCAAAGUUCGAUGGUAGAACUUAAAAGGAAGAACGCAAAGAAAGUCCUGAAGUAAAUGGAGAAGGUUUUGACAUAAUUGGAAGAAAGAACAAUAAAGCAAAAACAAAAUUGAAAGAAUUUUAGACGAUCAGGAUUUUCAUAGUGAUUAUGCAUUUUUUCACUAAUAAUAGAACAAUUAUUUUGAUUAGUAAAAAUUAUGGUGAAAAUAACAUUCUUAUUUAGAAGCCAUAAAUGUCACAGAGAAAUAUUAUACGGUAAUGUUUAUUCUCUAUAUUUUAUAAUAAUUAAUUAGUUUGUAUUGAUAUUUAGGAAUAGAGAAAACAAGAAUAUCUUUGUUGUAGUGAAAAAUUCUACAGAAAUAUCUCUGUAGCUUAAAAUGUUUAGUUAUAAGUGGUCUAAAGUGAAUAAAAACUAUAUAGUUAAUUUAGUGUCAUAAAAAGGUAUUAAACAGAUAAAUAAAGUUAAAUAUUAAAUUAAAUUAUUACGUAGAAAUCUUAAACAUUAUAAAGUCAAUCCAUAUUAAUGUUUAAAUAUAUUUAAAUCAUAAACCAUUAUCAAUUUUGAUUAAUAUUAUGAUAACCAACAUGUUUUAUAUAAUUUUUAUUUCGAAUCUGUAAAUGUUUUUGCGCUGAAGUCUUUCAGAAUUCAAAUAGGAACCACAUGA